UGAGGGGGCCAGGAAUGAUUUCGAUGUCUUCCUACAGCCUUUAUGGCCCCCGCCCCUCGGAAACACCGAGGUGGGCGGGGCCAUGUUACGUCAUAGAGCGGAGCGCGCGGCCGGAAUUCGGAAAUCCGGCAACGCUCCAAGGUCCUCGCCAGAUUGCCUGGUCCUAGCCGGUCUGCGUCCCUAGGGACCGCUCAGGAGGGCAUCCGAAUAGCAGGUGGGCUCAGCCUUUUGUCGCUGCCAGUGGUGUCUGGAGGGGUUUGGGAUCAGCACACAGGUCCUGGCUCCCCAGGAGAAAGAGUGAUCAAGUGAAGGAAUGAGGGGAGAAAGAGGAGAUUCUUGGAGUUGGAUAUCAUCAUUUCUGAGGACAUCUUUAACUGGACACCAAGAUUUCUGUCUCUAAGAAUUACCUGGCAGAUGCAGAAGAAACAAAAGACAGAAGCCAUGUUACUCACUAUUUCCUGAGCAUAGAAGAAGAUGAUCAAGGUCCAGGAAUUGCUGACACUGGAGGAUGUGGCUGUGGAGUUUAACUGGGAGGAGUGGCAGCUCCUGGAUGCUGCCCAGAAAGACCUAUACCAGGAUGUGAUGUUGGAGAACUUUAACAAUUUGGUGUCACUGGGGUAUCAAGCUACCAAACCAGAAUCACUCUCCAAGUUGGAACAUGGAAAAGAACCAUGUAUAAUAGAAAACAAAAUCCAGAAUAGAACCCGUCCAGGAAUCAGGAAAGUUGACAGUCAUCUGCCAGAGCACUCUCAAGACCAAAGAUUUCCAAAGAGCCUGCAACAGUGCAGUGAACAGAAUGCAUUUAGAAAGAGUGUUCAUCUGAGCAAAACUCGUUUAGCCCUAACACAAAAUCAUACGUUUGACUUAUGUAAAAAAGCUUGGAAAUCAAGCUUAUGUUUAGUUAACCAGAAGAGAAGAUAUGAAAUAAAGAACCCUGUGGAGUUUAAUGGAGAUAAGAAAUUCUUUCUACAUGGUGAUCGUGAACAGUUGUAUUCUGGAAUUGAAUUUCCUGAAAGUAUAAAACACAUCAUUGCUAAGUUCCAAGUCCUUAAGUGCCAGAGAACUCACAAAAUAGAGAAAUCCCAGGCCUGCGUUGGAAGUGAGAAAACAUGCAUCAGGAAAUCUCAGCUUAUUUCUCAGGAGAGCAUUCAUAUAGGAGACAAACUCCAUCAGUGUGAUCUGUGUGAGAAAUCCUUCUCCAGAAAUGUCAUGUUCACUAAACAUCAGAAACCUCAAACACGAGACAAACCCCAUUUAACCAGUGGAUGCAGAAAAGUCUCUACUGUGAAGAGCAGUCCCACUGUACAUCAUCAGCAAACCCAAACAGGAGAGAAAUCCUAUAUGUGCAGUGAGUGUGGAAAAGGCUUCACAGUGAGGCGCUAUCUGAUUGCACAUCAGCGAACUCACAGUGGAGAGAAACCUUAUGUGUGCAGUGAAUGUGGAAAAGGCUUCACUGUGAAGAGCAAUCUCAUUGUGCAUCAGCGCACUCACACAGGGGAGAAACCCUAUGUAUGCAGUGAGUGUGCGAAAGGCUUCACCAUGAAGCGCUAUCUUGUUGUACACCAGCGAACUCAUACUGGAGAGAAACCAUAUUUGUGCAGUGAAUGUGGGAAAGGCUUCACUGUGAAGAGCAAUCUCAUCGUACAUCAGCGAUCUCAUACAGGGGAGAAAUCUUACAUAUGCAGUGAAUGUGGGAAAGGCUUCACUGUGAAACGCACUCUCAUUAUACAUCAGCGAACUCACACGGGAGAGAAAUCUUACCUAUGUAAUGAAUGCGGGAAAGGCUUCACCACAAAGCGCACUCUUGUUAUACAUCAGCGAACUCACACGGGAGAGAAACCCUAUGAAUGCAAUGAGUGUGGUAAAGCCUUCAGCCAGAAGAUAUGCCUCAUACAACAUGAGAGGUGUCAUACAGGAAAGACGCCCUUUGUAUGUACUGAGUGUGGAAAAUCCUAUUCCCACAAGUAUGGUCUCAUUACCCAUCAGAGAAUUCACACAGGAGAGAAACCCUAUGAGUGCAAUGAAUGUGGAAAAGCCUUCACCACGAAGUCAGUACUCAAUGUACAUCAAAGAACUCACACAGGAGAAAGACCAUAUGGAUGCAGUGAUUGUGAGAAAGCCUUCUCCCACUUGUCAAACCUUGUUAAACAUAAGAAAAUGCACAUAAGAGAAAUAGUAGAUUCGGUCAAGUUGGAAAUUCCUUUAACAGAGAGUCACAGUCAUUACUUACGAUUGAACAAGAGCCCCAUUAAUGCAGUGACUGGGGAAAUGCCUUCUGUGGCAGCUAAGACUUUGUUUAAACACCAGUGUUUCUAGCAGAGCAGAACGGUACUGCCUGUUAUCAGAUGUGUGCCCUGAGGAGAUGAAAGGAUUUGCGCAGGAGAUAAACCUGGUGAAUAUAAUGAAUGUGGUAGUGCCUUUAGUGAUCCUUACCUCACAUUUUCUGUCAAUGAAAACAUGUUGGAAAAACUCUGAUACAUUCAGUGCAGAGAUGCCUUGGGCAAAACUUUCUGACUUCAUUAUAUGUCUGAAAAGUAUAUACUCUAUAUUCUCCGACAAAUUCUGUGAAUGCAGAGACUAGGAAAGUCUUCAUUGGGAAGACAGACUUUCUUAUCAGGGAUCUUCAUUGAUCAUCAGUGAGCUCAUUGUUCAUAGAAAUAUGAUUUAAAAAAAAAAAAAGGAGAUAUGAUGACCACGGGAAUGUCUUUCCCCCAGAAAGAAGACCUCAAUGAGUGUCAGAGUUCACACUGGAGAAAAACUUUUAAGAGGAUAGUAUAUAUGGCAGGAUUUCAGUGAUACAUUCUGCCUCAUCAUUUGUCAGGAAAUCAUAUAGAAAUUAAAACCUUUAUGAACAUGCUAAAGAUAGAGCAUCUUUAGUUAAAUAUCAGAGGACUUAAAAAGGAAUGAAGUUCUGUGAAAAUGAUAAAUGUUUGAGUGCUUUUUGUUACAAACCUAACCUCAUCAUAUAUCAGAUAAUGCACCUGAAUAUCCUUUCUGGCCUUGUCAGUAAUUCCAUAGUUUUAAAAAGAAGUCUGCUUUUCUCAUCACUGAUUUUUAUUGUUAUAUACGAUGCAAGAGUGUUCUAUGCCUACCCUCAUAUGUGAUUAGCUCUUACUUUUCUUCAGCUAUAAACAUAAUUGUAAAUUUAGCAUACUGAACUUCUUUGAAAGGAAACUGAAUAUGAACAUGUACUUGUACUUGCUUAACUAAGUUUAUAAAUAUGACCAAAUAGUUUACAAAACCACCUUCAAAGUUAUUUUUAUAAAAUUUAUAAUUUGAAAUCAUUUUAACUUAUAAGAAAAUGCAAAAGUAGUCCAGAGAAUUCCCUAGUAUCCUUUCUGCACUUCUUCCAGUAAAAACAUUUUAUGUAACCAUAUUUUAUUAUUGAACCCAGAAAAAUGACAUGGGUAGUAAGUAUACUGUUAACUCCUAACCUUUGGAGUUUAGAUUUCACUAGAUUUUACAUGAAUUUUUUAAUCAUUUUUUUUGUAAUUCUAAGGUGCUUUAUUACAUAUAUAGAUUUCAUUGUAACCGUCAUCCCCAGGACGUACAACUGUUUUAUCAACACAGACACCCUCAUGCUACCUUUUUAUGCUCACAUCCUCUAUCCAAACCUACCUCUGGCAACCACUUGUCUGUUUUCCAUCAAUAUAAUUUUGUCAUUUAUGAAUGUUAUCAAAAUAAUUUUUAUAACUGGAUUUUAUAUAAAUAAGUUAUAUUUAUUUAUACAAAUUUACAAUUUCUUAUUAAUGAGGAACAUGUAAGCUUUUUGGUUUUUUUUUUUUUUUUUGUCCCUCAGCAAAUUGCCAUUAAGUCUUAUUUGAGUUGUAUUGUUUUAUUUUUAUUAGUGAGUAGUAUACAUACUUGAUGUAUUAGUUUAUCAAUUCACUCUUCAGAGAAGUUUGUUUUGUUUUCUGGUUUCAACUGUUAUAGGGAAAGAUGCUGUAAAUUGGCAUCUGGGGUUUUGUGUGAACAUAAAUUUUCAUUCCUCUAUAAUAAAUAUUCACGUGUGUGCUUAUUAGGA